UCAUGAGCAAUUUUUGCUUUAACAGCUAUCUUAUCACAAGAUGUCUUUCGAUCCCACGUCCGUGUUGCCAGCGGUCAUUGCCGUGCCUAUCAACGAAGCUUUCAAGCUCCUCAUAUCCGGGGCCUCCAAGUACUGGAAUUUCCCAAGCGCGUCCAAGGCUGCAAUUACCGAGUACACGCCUAUCUACAAUCUUGCACUUAUGCGUAUUGCGGCCGUACAAGAUCAUGCUUCGGAUGAAUAUCAAACACUCACUCGUUUUUGCGAUUGUUUCAAUGAAAUGGAGCAGCAUAUCAAGAACGUCCACUCAGCUCAUCCCAGAUACAUCAGGGAGAUUUUCCGCUUCUUCGGCGCCAGAUCUAAACUCGACAGCUUGAUGCCUAUCUUAAACGCCCAGCAAGUUCUCGAGCGGCCUUUGCCUCUAGUCCACUCUCAGAAAAUCCAGGCUUUGGGCUCUCGGCCGCCCCAUGAGUUUCACUAUCGCUGCCAGCCCCCAAGUCUUCCUCCAGGCAUAAACUACUUGAUUGUUGGAAGAGACGAGGAGUUUUCCAGGUUCAAGUCACUGCUUCUGGACGAGGGAAGGCCAGAGAGGAUUGGCUUGUUUGGCCCGAGCGGCGUUGGGAAGACGUUCCUGGUGACUCAUCUGUGUCGCGACGGGGAGAUCGCCAGUCAUUUUGAUGGCAUCAUCUGGAUCAGUUUUGAUUACAGAGAGCGCUUCGAUACGUUGGUCACUAUGCAAGCAGACAUACUUUCUCGGUUGACAGGGAACGAUCGGAGGGUAGCAUCGGUUGCGAAUGGAAGCAGGGAGAUUUUCAACUUUAUAACCAGGAGCAGCCUCAAGAGAUACAUGCUUGUUCUGGACAAUGUAUGGAAAAAGAACUGGCUGCAUCUUUUAGAUCAGGAAGGUGACAUGGGGAGGGGGAACAAGGUGGUGGCCAUCGCCAGCAAUGCCAAGCUAUUUCCAGAGGAUAGGUGGACUAGUGUCAAGUUGGAUCCUUUGUCUUUUGAUGAUGGCUACAAACUCAUUUGCAUGCAAGCGUUUGGAGGAGAAGACCAGGUCCCAGACACCCUUGAUAGAGAUUAUGUGGAGAAGGUGGUUUGGCUGUGCAAUGGAGUUCCCAAGGCUCUUCAGGUGAUGGGCAGAUAUAUGAGAAGAAACAAGGAUCGUCCUUGGUUUUAUUGGCAGCGUCUUCUUGAGAAGAUCAACAGGUGGGAACUGGAUGAAUGGAAGGGCAUAUUUGAAAUGGUGAAACUGAGUUUUAUGGAGCUGGACGAAGAUGCGCAGCUGCUCUUUUUGUCCCUCGCCCUGUUAAGAGAUCCCUGGGAUGAAUCGAGCUUAUUUCACCUGUGGCGAGCAAUGAGGUGCUCAGAAGACGAUAACCUUUGUUUUGAGUUGCAUAAAUUCAACGAUGCCAUCUGCAGGCUAGAAGAUGCAUCGUUUGGGCAGCGGCAGUGGGGCGAUCAAAUCGUUGUCGACGAUCUUAUGAUGAGUUUUGCUGACUACAUCAUAGACAUCGAGCCAUUAUUUUUUACCACUUUAAAGAUUUGCAGAGACACUCAAGGAUAUCUAGUUUUAAGUCAACCCAAUGCUGAACAGAUUGUGCUUGUCAAUAAGACUACUUCCCAGCCUCUCAUUGAAACUCCAUCGCUUAGGUUCCUGCGUUGUCAUGUGGCAACUUUCACGGAAUCUUUUCUGGGGAAACUUCUGGAGCUCAGGUACUUACACUUGGAGUCAUGGUGUAGUGGCUUGUGGAAUGCUCUUCGGAAGCUUUCUAAGCUAGAGGCACUCAGAAUAGUACUACGGGGCAGAGAAGCGGAUGCCGUUAUUGAUCUCAGCUUUCUGCAUGGGAUGCAUAACCUGAGCGAAUUAUACAUUUACUAUUACAAACUUUCAGUGGUAAACUUUGAGUUUGUGAGGAAAUUAAGAAAGCUGAAGGUUUUACGACUUGAAGAUAAACAUUUGAAUGUCAAAUACGACGGGAAACUCAGGUGUCCUAAAGAAGAUCUUAUUCUCUCCAAAAACGCACUGGAAUUAUUCAAAACUUUCAGUGGGUCUAAGAUGCUAACAAUGCUACAUCUUGGAGCUAUUAUUCUUACAGAGCUGCCGUGCCAUAUCAACUUUCCACGUCUCACUAGCUUGCAAAUCAUGGUUGCGUCAAAAUCCCUACCACCCAGCUUUGAAGAGCUUCAGAACUUGGAGAGCCUGGAAUUAGACGGUUGUGGAGUGCUGGAAGAAGUGCCACGGUUGGGCAGGCUUUGCAACCUCCGGCAGCUUAAAAUUUCGGGCUGUCCUACAAUGGAACGCAUUCCUGACUCUGCUCUUCAAGAUGGUUUAGUAUCCUUCCCACGGCUUGAGCGCCUCAGCAUUUCAGACUGUCCAAAGCUGGCUCAGCUUCCCCACGUACAAUCCACGAGACCGCUUGUUGUCCACCUGGAUUCACCACUACCAGCUUUAAGACAAAUCGACGAGCAGUUAUUCAUUGAUUAUCUUAUUAUUGAUAACUGUGGGUUGAUCCAAGAGGUUUAUGUUGGAAAAAGCUUGCGCCGAGAUCUUUCUUUCUCCACGCGUGAGAGCAUAGACGACAUUCCAGUGAUAGGCAACCUUACACUGGGGGAACGGACAUCCAUCUUCAUCUUCAAUUUGAUUGAUUUCUCUACCUCGAUGAUGCUGCACAUUAUGGAGUGUGAGAAGCUGCUGCUACAAAAGCUUCCCAAAGCUCUUCCUAUGCUUCGUAAGCUCUCAUUGGACAAGGUGACAUCUUUGGUGGAGAUUAAUGACAUGUUCUUGCCAAGACUGGAACGACUGACGAUCUUACAUUGUGAGAUGCUGCACAGCAUUUCAGCUAGAUUGCCAUCACUCAAAGAGCUUGUGCUGCAGAACUUACCAUAUUUGUCAAGAAUUAAUAUGCAAUCUGAUCCAGAGGCAGUUUCAGAUCCGGACAAGCUGCACAGCGUUCCAGCUCUUCCUUCUACAGUCACGAGGAUUGAACUGGUGGCAUUACUAUCUUUGGUGGAGAUUGGUGCCAUUAUGCCGUCCAAAAAUCUCGAAAUGAUCAUAGUAUCGGAUUGUGAGAAGCUGCGCAGCCUCCCAGCUCAAUCUCUCAAUGCCACCACGGCAGAUCAUGCAAAAGGCUAUCGGCUUGUCUUAAAGAACUUGCCAUCUCUAGUCGAGAUUGGACAAGGUUACAGCAUGUCAAGGGUGAGUAUCUUGCACUGCGAGAAGUUGCACAGGGUUCCCUCCAUUUCUGGGAUGACGGAACUUCGACUAAAGAGUUUGCCAUUUCUGGUCGAUAUCGAGGAAAGCUGUGCGGUAAAAUUGUACAUUUCGGACUGUCAGCAGCUGCAAAGAGUUCCUCCCAUGCACGGACUUGAACGCCUUUCGCUGAAGAAUCUACCAUCCUUGAUCCAGAUUGACAGAGGUUCUCUAUCCACAAUCACACACUUGAAGAUCUCGGGCUGUGAAAAACUAGACGAAGCAGAACAGAUUGUGCAAGAGUGGGAAGAAAGUGACGACGAUGAUGGAUUUCAAGGUCUGACAAGGAAUAUUUGA